AACUAGCAAGCCUGGGCAAGCCGAUGACGCCGACAUUCCGGCGCCACGCGCUGUCGGAGCGGCCCGACUUCGCCGACGGCCGCUUCAGCUGCCGCGACCGCAAGCCCCGAGACGACAAGUUCAUAGAACUAGGAAGAAAUAGAAUCAAAGCUCCCGCCAAGCCCCUAACCCGCUGCUCGCCCACCAACAACGUGCCUCUAGAAGUAGACAAACCUGAGAAGAAGCGAGAAGGGAUCUCCAGGAGCAACUACGUCAGCCUCGCCAGUCUCAAGAUCAACAGCAAGAAGGAGUUCGAGAAGAAGAGAGAAGACAGCUCGCCCGUCGAACGGGUCAUUUAGACAGGGUACUGUAGAUUUUCAUUAUUUGAUUUUCGACCUUAACACAAUCAUGGUAAAGUCGAUAUUAUAAAGUUUGUGCUUGAAUAACCGUUUUAAUACAUUCGAUUAUAUACUAUGUUGGAAUGAACAUGAAGUCUAUAUUAAAAGCGUCGUGGCAUGGCAGUAUAAAUAAUAUUCACUUUAUUAGUGUGGGUUAAGGUCGAAAAUCAAAUAGAAACGUUUGUCAAACAAAUUUUGGAAUACUCGAACUACUGCAGUCGAUGAACUCAUGUAACAAAGAAGAACAAGAAUUAGAUACCAGUGUUGGCUGAAAGUUAAUAAGAAUUGACGAUUAACCGUAAAUUGAACCGUAAACUUCAACCGUCCGUUACUGUUUACGGUUCAAUUUGUAAUGGUUAUGUCCAAUUCUAAUUACAUUCAGCCAUCACGAUACGAUGUUUUAUAAAUAAUCCUAAAGAUAUGUGUAUAGAAACAAAGCCAUGACGUGUAUUAAUACAACACUCAAGACAGUUGGAAUUUUAGGAUUCCUCGCCUUCCGGACCAUUCCCAGUAUACUUGCCAAUUGCGGCAUAUUAUAUAUGUUAUAAUAUUAUGGUUUGUGCUUCUGCGUAACUGAGAUAGGAACGUUUGUAUUGAAGCUUUUGCGUAUACCAGGGUGUUUCUACGAAAUCAUGUUAAAUAUAAAGCAUAAAAUGUGUAUCAUCGUCUAUACCAGAAACUUCAUAACCGAUAAAUAACGAUACCUUUAUAUAACGGUAUGACGUCAUACCGGUUUAAUCCGAACCAUUUAGAUAGCUGAAUAAAUUUAUUUUGCUACCGGUAAAUAACGGUACCGUUAUUUUUUCUGGUACCUUAACCACUUUCAUAAAGGUACACUAUUAGCUUAGGCGUCGUUGCAAAGCCGCCCGCGCCUUGUUGCGCGUUCCUAUUGGAUGAAGCUGUCUAUAUAAGUGUAAGCCCGUAAGCCCUUUUGAUUUUAUUUAAUACUAUCUGUUUGGCUAUUAUAACGGUUAAGGCAUAUACCGGAAAAAUACCGGUAGCGUUAUUUAAAAAACGGUAGCGAUACCUUUAUAUAGGAGCCGCGCGGCCUAACCGGUAUAAUGUAUCGGUAUCGUAAUUUUAUACCGCUACUAUACCGUAACCGAAAUCAGUCCCCGAAUCAAUCACAAUUGACUUGACAGUUGUCAACCUUAAUGCAAAGACUUAAAGUGUAUCAAUUGGCAACUAUCAAGAUAUCCUGUUUAUAUAUUAAGUUGUGUAGUUGUAGGAGCACCUAUAAUCAAAUAUAUUACACGUUAUUAUGAAUUGUAGGAAAAUAUACUUUGGACAAUUGCACACUAAAUCAAGCAUUCGUCCUUAUCUAACAUUUUAAGCGCGAAAAGGACGGUUGUUUGUAUGUGCUUGUCUUUUUAACUGCGGCCAAGCCGGACUUUUCUAGAAUUUAUACGUCAGAUUUUGAUGCAGUUUAUUCGUAGUUCUGAAUACAUAUGUUAUCGUUGGGUGUUUGACACUACGUAAUUGAAUGCGGUCAAUUGUUUGUACGCUUUGUUAGUUAUUAUAAUGUGCGUGCGUGGCUUCGGUUUGGUACUUGUAUGUUAAUGUGAAGUCUUUCUAUAUCUCAUGUCGGGUCUGGCACGAGCGAAAGAGACAACACACACUCUCACUUUCUCAGUAGAAAAAGGCGGCAAAUUUAAAAAAUGUAGGCGCGAAGGGUUGACUUCCCAUAGAAAAUCAGAACUUCGCGCCUUUUUCUACUGACAUGGGUGUGUUUGAGUAUAUAUGUGUUUUUGCACUAACUGGUUGAACUAUUAAUUAAACAUGGUUGAAAAUGUGAAAAUUAUUCAAAAAAUACAAUGGUUAAGACAAAGACAACUGGAAUGUUCAUGAAUCUACAUAUCUGUAACAACAAAAUCAAAAAUUACAAACAUGUUAACAGAUAUACACGUUCUGUAAAUUAAGAAGUUAAUACGGUCACGUCUGAAAAUAUCGGUACGAAAAAAGUGCCAAAAAUAUAUAUUUAUUGCUCAUAUAUUAAGGUAGUGUAUACACAUUUUUGGCACAUUUUUCGUACCGAUAUUUUCAGACGUGACUGUACCUAUUACGAGACUCCUUCAGUGUGUCAAUCUUGUAGUGCAUAAACACAUUUUGGGUGGCGCGAUACUUCGGGAAGUGCUUCGUAGUUAGUUUGUUGAAAGCGGUGCCUUGUUACAAGACUUCGAUCUAGCAGGGCCUUAUUUUAUACAGUUUGCUUGUUUUUUUAUAAGUCUAAAGGCCAUUACACAUCAAUGAAGUUUUGAUAAAUAUAUCGUGAUAUGAAUUAUUACAUAUAUGUAUACAUUUAUAUGGCCAAGGAAAUCUGUCAUUGAUCACAGACAAUAAUCAGACCUCAUAGACAAUCGUCAGAUUUUUUCGAACCAUAGACGUUCAGAUUAUGAAAUGAUUUGCGACAGCACACAUUCAUUCAUCUAGGGAGGACACCUCAAUAGGCAAUCAUGGUCAAAUAAACAGUCCGUCGUUGGUCUAUCAUACGAGUAUAAAUCUUUUUAAAUUGUAACUUGUAGCUGUUAUAAAAUAAGGCCCGGAUGGGGGCAUUUUAUAGCGUUCGCUUGUACAUUAUACACGAGUUAGGUUUUAUAUCAAUGUUCUACCGUUCCGUAAAGUAAUGUAACAUACCUAGUGUUAAGAGCAGUGUUGGCCGAAACGUUAAUGCAAUAACCAUUACAAAUUGAACCGUAAAGCGUAACGAACGGUUACAGUUUACGGUUCAAUUUGUAAUGGUUCAAGGUCAAUUGCAAUUAACAUUCGGUCAACACUGGUUAAAAAAUGUUAUUCGCAAUGUAGUUUUUCGACUAUUUCGUAAGGUGACUACCAAAACUUCAUAAUUACUGCCACAAGUUCAGGGCCAUAGCGAACUUUACUAGUGAUGAAAUAAGGUUAAUUUUUGUUUGAUUUUUUGCAAUUAGUUUUGGUUAUCAGCUGACGAUUUUUUCAAUGUCGGUUAUACUGAGCCUUCCUAAGAAUAAAACAAACGUAGUGAUCUAUAAUAAAUAAUGAUACUGCAAUAAUCGAUAAAUUGUGGAUGUAGAUUUUUGAUCUACGAAAUUAUGUUACUGUACUUAUGUGUAUGAUUAUUGGGAUAUUUUGAAGUAUUAAGAUAACAUUUUUAUUGAAAUAUUAAUGUCCUAAAAUAUACAUGACAUCUCAUUUCAGAGGUCGAAUAAAUAAUGAUACUGCAAUAAUCGAUAAAUUGUGGAUGUAGAUUUUUGGUCUACGAAAUUGUGUUACUGUACUUAUGUGUAUGAUUAUUGGGAUAUUUUGAAGUAUUAAGAAUACAUUUUUAUUGCGAUAUUAAUGUCCUAAAAUAUACAUGACGAAUGUCUAUCUCAGGGGUCUCCAAACUUUUAGACCCGAGGGACGUGCUGUGUCUCCACUUGUGACGUAAGAGCGCGAAGCACGAAUAAUUUCGUACACUGACACACCAUUUCCUAUCUCUGUACCACGCUUAUAACCAGUAGAGAUCUUAAUCAAAAACUCUUAACAAAUCUUAUUUAAAAUAACACUUUUGAGUCAUGUCCAUUCAUGUUGCAAAAUUUUAUACAAUAAAAUAAACUUAUAUUAAGAAUUCUCGGAUCCCUUCACAUCGGACAUAGGUAAUUAUUGAAAUUCAUAAUGAUUGUCAUUAGUCAUAAUUCUGAAACCGUUAACUUCUCAGGAUUUUCGUAAGGAUAGGUUAGGUUAGGUUUGUUUUAUGGCAAUCCUGAAAUGUUAUGCGUUUCUGAGAAAAACCAAAAUGUGACUAACGAAAAUGCGGACAAACAAUACAUUAUGACUUAAAACUUUGUGGGAAACAAUAGAGACCCAAGAAUUUCCUCGUAAUCCCGCGGAUCACAGGUUAUAACAGUUAUAACUAUUUUGCUGUCCCGCCGAUGAUGCCGCGGCCAUUGCCAUUGUGCAAGCGGAACAGCGAUAUAAUUAUGCGCGUGCAAUAGAGACAGGAAAUAGCGUGUCAAUAUACGAAAUUCUCCGUUCCUUACUUUAGAAUUUGGCACUCUCCGCGGGUCAAACUGGAGAAUGCUGCUUUAUCUAAUCUAAUAUAUAGUAUUUUAUUAUUCUUUCCAAUAGGGUUAUUCCCACUAAUUACUAUCAAGUUGUUACCAGUGGUAACUACUGGGAAUUUAUUUCCCACAGUGUCACCAAAUCGAGUUGGUAACUAGUGGGAAUAACCCGUCCAAUAUUGUAUGUCAUUUUGGAGCAAUAUUACAUGGAUGGCCUUAGUAGCUUUUUAUACUAGAUGUUCAAUAUUACAUAAUUAGGUGCAAACUUGCAAUAAUAUGCGUUUGUUUUCUUAUCUAAUGGCCUUGACAAAUAUUUAAAGUGCCAUCGAAUAUUUAUAACUAUUUCUAUAAGUAUUGAAUUUAUCUGGCCGAUUAAUUGAGUCUCAUUUACAUAUUCUAAUAAUUAUGUAACAUAUUUAAUUUAUAAUCUUACACGUUGAAUCUCAAAUAAGUAUCUCUUCUUUAAAGUUAAUUUCACUAAUUCUUAUCCAGUUGAUUUUGGAAUCUUUAAGAUAUGAUGUGACUAUGAAAAUUGUUGGAAAAUGACCAGGUUGACUAUUUCGUGUCGGUCCUUUGAUGGUCUUUUUGCCAUGGAUACCGCUAUCUCUUUCCGAUAAAUUUAUCCUAGGCGCUUACAGCUGGCUGAGUUGUCUACAUUCCGUAAUCUAAGACUACAUCAAAAAUUGUAUUGACUUUAACUUUUCUUGAGUAGCGGCAAAUAAUGUUUAUAUUUCCUUUAUGGCUGAAAAAUCAUGUAAAAUAUUUUUACUACACCAACUGGUAGAGGCCCUCUUGAUUGUUCAAUAACUAAUGAGAAAGUUGCAUUUUAUCCACAUGUGGGGCAAAGUAAUCAGAUACUUGUUUUGAGUUGUUUCCAUAUGUUAGCUGGUAAAAUUGACUUUUAAAUGUUGAUUUUGAAUGAUUUGGUUUAAUUUUGUUUGAUAUUUUACAGUUAGAAUUUUCCUCGCGUUGGUGUGGUUAAAAAUGUUGUGUUUCACUCGGUGGCUAAAUUUGUUUAACAGUCGUGGCUUGAAACCCUCGCAACGCUCAAGAUUACACUUUUCAAACCACUCGCUAGGUUCGUAGUUCAAUUUUGGAGUCUCGCUUGCUCAUGUAUCAAUAUUCGCACGAGCGGUUAAACAACAACUUUGCCCCCUUGUAAAACAAAUAACCAUAAAAACAAUUUUAAGGCUUUACCGUUUUGUCAAUCAAAGGACAAAUUUCGUACGAAAACAUUUUAGGAAAAUGACACAAAGUUUAUUCUUAAUAUUAUUUGUCGAGACUACAGUCGCAUGUAGUGACAUGUUUGUUAUAAAAUUAUGAACAUUGACCUAUCGGUUAUAUUAGGCCGUGUUUGGUUCAAAUUGAACUAUUAUAUUGUAAUGGGACACUUUUCGAUCCUGCGUCGGUCAGCCAACGCGUGGUUUUCGAGAAUGCUUCUCGUUAUGGAGCGAAAUAUCUGAAGCAAUUUUCAACCUGAAAACCUAACACGUAAUAAUAUGUUUGAUAUGUCUGAUUUUGUAUAAAUUUAUCUCGAAUUUCAGUAUUUUUCAAGUUGGUUAAUUAUUCUUCAAAUUGUGUUCUUAUUUCAAACUGUAAAACUUACGUGAGACACAGACAUAUUGAAUAUUGACACGAAUCACUCACGUAUUUUUCAGUCGAAGAUGACACAAGAUGCUGGACAUGUAUUUGUUUCGCUCCAUCGAAGAGCUCCAACGGGAGCACUUGUUGGAGCGAAACAUGUCGAAAACGUCGCGUAGACUAAAGUAUUAGAAUAUGACAAUACAUUAACUAUAUUAAUUUAUUAACAUUCGUAGCUUAAUUUUUAAUGUUUGAAGUCUGAAGUUUAUUUUGAAACAGGGUGCCAUUUUGUAUUUUUCAUAAUAAUGCUUUGAUCGAAAUAAUUUACCUGGUAACUAGAACUGCAUUAUGAUCAUUGGUGAUUCAGAUAUUUGAAAUAACAUUUGACGUUCUUUUUAACCUGCAGAGACUGAGACGAGGGAAUUUUAUAGAACUUGGCCCAUUUAAAUUGUUAGAGUCAAGGUAUUAAAUAUCAACGCACACGUGCCAAUAAUAUGUACACGGUACCUUAAUAUAUCGACAAUAAAAUAAAAAUUAUAGUACAUCAUUACACAAACUGAUUAAGUCCCACAGUAAGCACAGUAAGGCUUGUGUUGAGGGUACUUAGACAACGAUAUAUAUAAUAUAUAAAUACUUAAAUACAUAGAAAACACCCAUGACUCAGGAACAAAUAUCCAUGCUCAUCACACGAAUAAAUGCCCUUACCAGGAUUUGAACCCGGGACCAUCGGCUUCGUAGUCAGGGUGACUACCCACUAGGCCAAACCGGUCGUCGAAGUAUACAAUAAGGUUGUGUAUUUAAUAUCUUGACUAUAUUUUUUUGACUCAGAAUCACGAAAUGUUUCGAUACUAAUACGAGAAAAAAUGUGUUCAAAUUUUUUUAGUAUUUCGUUACUAUUUUUCUUACCUAGACUUUGUAUGACGGUAACGAAAUGGAAGGAUGGGAAUUUUGGUACACUGUUUUCUACCAUUAAGAUUGAAAGAUCUCGUGUUCUGAGAAAAAUAACAAAAAUUCUCAAAUUUGAUAAAAUAGAGUACAUUAAUUAAAUGGUCCAGUAACCAAUUCGAGUUACCCGUCGUAUUUGUGGGUACAGUCGACGUCAAAGAUAUGUUAACAUUUUUAGGCAUAAGGUGCAAAAGUGUUAACAUGGAUUUGACGUCGACUGUACAUAAACAUUGGUCUUCUUUGGUAAAAAUCACCUUAAAAUUUUAUUUGUGAAGGUAAUUGAUAUUAUUCAUUACGUGUUUUUUUUUUAAUAAUUUCGAUGAAAGCAUUGUUUCUGUUUACUAGUGUAGAGUGCUCACGUAUAUUUUAUCUGUGAUACAUUUUGUUUGUAAAAUGUUGCAAUAACGAGUAUUAUAGGUGUCUAGUUUAUGGUCAUAGUUACGUUGAAGUUGAGGUUACGUUGGCGCUGGCUUUCAUACCAACUAUACACAAGGAAGGACUAAGAUGCGUUAAGUAUUGCCGCUGUUUAAAAACUAAAAUCUACUUCAUUUUUCAAACUGCACCGUCUAUAGCGCUGGGGAGCGUACAGAACCUGUAGGGGGCGGUAUUGGCGUAGGCAGGUACCGGCCUGGGGGGCAGCUGCCCCCUCUAGAGCUCUAAUUUUACUUACAUUGUAUGCCCCUCUGCAGCGUCUAAGCAAUAUGUCCCAAACCCACUAGGGGGGUCACAGGCAUGCACGGAGCAAAUAACGCUAUUUACAUUUUUUUAAAUAUUUUAGACUACUUUACGCGUCUUAGUUUUUUUGAUUGUCUUGAGGCAAUACUAGUAAAUUUCUUGCCAAAAUUGUAGUUCCGUGGAAUACGAACAAGAUAUAUUUAACUUAUGUUUGUACGAAAGCUAGGUACACUAAUUCCUUCCUAAGAAUAUUUUAACACAUUAACAGUGUAACAACGAGUUUUUCCGUCUCCUGCAUUCCAGAUUUUAUCUGUAGUAUCGUUUAAGUACAAAUCAAUAAAGGAUUAUAUACGA